UUUUUUUUUUUUGCUUCAUUUACUUUUAUUACUUUUGCCGACAUUUGUUUCUAUUUUGAAUUCUUUUGCUUGGGUUUAUUUUUGGAAAGUUCCUCAUUCAUUUCGUUCAGAGCCAAAUAUUCAAAGUGAGAAAAGUGGUGAAUAACAAUGCGAUAAACCGCGCGCGAGCAAUAUUAGCUAGAGAGAAGGCGCUCGUAUGCUUACCCGCGUCCCAACAACAGCACCACAAAGUGCACACAACACAAAAGGGAAAUAAUAAUCAGCAUCAUAAAAGGCGAGAUCAGAAUGAAACAUUUUAGCAUAAGAAUCAAGAGACAAAAAGAGAAUUGAGAACACACAGAAAUCCAUACACACAGAGUAGACGGAGAGCACGGUUCGUAAAACCGAAGCAAUUCGCGAAAUGCAAAAAAGAAAUACAUACACAACAAAAAAUGUUGAAAAAGAAUGAAAAAUACCAAUUACAAUUUAUAUCGGCUUUUGUUAUUGUAUCGCAUGCAUUUUCCAAAGAAGAACACACAUCAGCGCGACUCUUUUUUUUCCUUCUCCUUUUCAACAUAAAUGCGAAUGUGUAUAAAUGCACCAAUCUGAAAAGAGACGAAGACGCGCGCGCGUUUGCUUUGCACAACAUAAAAAUAACAACGAAACAGCAACAAUAACUUAAAAUCACAACAAAAAUAAAAAUAAGACUAUGUCGUUGAUGCGCGCGACCCAGCCUUUGAAAAGCCAAACAAACGACUGCAAAUGACGAUCAUCGAAUUGAAAAAAAAAACUAAGAGAGAAAAAAAUGAAGAUCACAUCGCCAAUUAUAACGAGUGGCGAUACGCAUUGGACCCCGAACGAAAGAAGGAAGAGGUGAACGUUUGUUGAAUGCUCGGAUUGUAAUGUGUGUUUGAUGACGAUCUAUCUGGCCGCCGCACAGAAUUGAAAGGUAAAACCGACCAAAGCGCAAGCGUUCAACUAAAAAAGACACCACGUCAACACCACGAGAGAACAUGAAGAGAAGCAAGCGAUCGAGCGAGCAAAGAAAAAAAAAACACACACACACACACAACACGUCGAGACAUCAAGAGAAGAGGAAAACGAAAAAGGAAUAUAUAGAUGAAAUGAAACCAUUCGAUCGCGUUCGCGGGUUUGGUUUUCUUUUCUCUUUCGCUUGUGUUCUUGUCCAAUCGAUCUCGAUCGGGUUGGAGAGGAACAAAAGAACAUUCUUCUUCGAUUUUGGUUUGAAAUCAAUUAUAUUCUUCACAUGAUUACAGUUAGUUGGUUUCCUCUGUCAGCGUGCUCAUGCGCGCGCGCCCGGCUCAUUCUCAACUUCUCACCGCCCGGUCCAACAGCAGCAGAAGCAGCAGCAACCUCUUGCUCGCGCGCUGCUCUGCAUUGGUCUGUUGAUGUGAACGACGGUUAUUCCGUGGCAUUCGUCUUGUGCACGAAGAAAAGACACCAUCUCCACUCUCUCUGUGCGCAGAUGGAAACGUGUGGCUUAUCAAAUGACAAACAUGUAAAAAAGAACAGAUUCUCUCUCAACUCAUUUUUACAUAACUCAUUUGUAAUUGAUACGAGCACAGUAGAAGAGCAAGGCUUCGGCGAAACAUAAAAACAAAAGGAAAAAGAAAACGUAUCGCCGGUGAAGUGUUUUUUAUUUCUUGAAAUUUUCAUUGUGUUUUGUGUGUGCCGUGUUUGUGUGUGAUUUAUAAUCGGAAGAAAAAUGGCCCGUGUUAUCGGUUUGGGUCGACGAAUAGUCACAUUGAUAUUUGUGAUUUUAUUGAUCAAUGGCAUCGAUGGUUCGACCGCAUCAAACCAAAAUCAAGUGAUCGAAAAUCUUAAGCUCUUAUCACAGAUGGACGACAACAGCAGCUUGCAGCCACCGUCUCGUUUACGUGCAUUUCUUGUGAACGAUUUGCGAAAUAUCCUCGUCAAAAAUACGCCGGAGAAAGACGAUUGUUUAGCUGAAGCAAAGGUUAAAGUCGAUACAUACAAUUGCAAUUGCAGCCAAUAUGCCUGUCUGGCUCGCCGAUUUUCCCAUCAAACGAAAAGAUCAAGAUUCCUGAUCGCUAGAAGCUGUGAAGAUAUAUGCUGUCGAAAGCGUACCAUUUCGAAAAAAUCCACUGCCGCCAAUUUUGAAAAUUAUACGGGCAAUUAUCGUCAAUGCGAAAUCACCAAUCCAACCGUGUAUAACAGUAAUGUCAAUAACCUGCGAAUCAAGUCAUUGGUGCAAAUCUUUUCGGCCAACGGCAAAAAAUUCGUGUGUUUGGGCUCGCUGGUACAUCCCAGAGCCGUGCUCACCACACUCGAAUGCGUUUCGACGUAUUCGCAAGACAAACUGUAUGUAAAAAUGAAAGAAACCGUUGACACCUUUCAAAAUUUGUAUCAAAUACGUAAUGUAUCCGAAAUUAUUUUGCCGGACAAUCACAUGGAUCGAUUUGAGAAGUUGCGUUUUAAUAUGGCUUUAUUGCUACUCAACAAAGAGAUGGAAAUAAAUACACAGAUUGCCAGCUCGUGUCUGCCAAAGUAUCAAGAAUCUGCACAAAGUUUGGCCAAUCGAAAAUGUUUUGUCACCUCACUCGAAUAUGUCAAUGGACGCCUCAUCGAACGUACGGAGAAUAUACAAAUAUUCGAAGUUGAUCAAUGCAGAGACAUUUUUAAUCACCAAAAUCGACUACAAAUCUUCUUCCCCAAGCAAAACAUUUGUGCCGGCCAUUCGAACGGACAAGGCAUUAAAAUCAGAUCAAACGGCGCUUCAUUGAUAUGUUUACACGAACAAAGCGAUCGAAACAACGAUAGAUACCACUAUUAUGUGUUGUACGGUCUGUUGGCAUGGACAAAUGACUCAACAAAUAUCGAUCACACCACAUCACCGCAUCUGUUUACAAACAUUUAUAACUACCGCUAUUGGCUGGAGAAACGACUUAAAAUACUCUAAGCGAGAUUCUUUCAUUCAUUCAUUGUGAACUCUAUAGUUAUAAGCUCGUUCCUCAUUGUGCAACAAGGAUUUUUUUUUAUAUUAUGAAACAGACAAAACGAAUUGUUAAUAAAAUUAUGCGGAGG